AUGGCCAAAGUGGAAGAGUGCGGUAGUUCGAAUUCGGAAGAAAAUAGCCGAGAUAGCACCUCGUCUCCGAUGUCAUCAUCGGGACCAUCGGAAACUCCAGAGUUUUCCCAGAAAUAUUAUGACAUCGAGCCGUGCUAUUAUAGUCUCAAUGGCAAAUCCGAUCGCAAUUGCCGCGGAAAGGUUUUCCGGUUUCGGGAAGACGGUGAUUUGAAGGGAUUCGAGGCGCAUGACAACGUUAUGUACCAUUUGAAGGACUGCGUGUUCGUCGAGAUUUCGCCAUCCGAACCAUACGUGAUCGCCGUCAUCAAUAGUUUCAAAUAUACAAAACGCGAGCAUGUCGUGAUGAAGCUGACGAGAUAUUUUCGUGCCGAAGACAUACCUGAGAUUUCGCUGAAUUUGAUGAAACAGGAGCGCGCUGAAUUGAACAUCAAUCCACACCUGUGUCCUGUUUCACUAAAUCGCGAGCUGUUCAAUUCGGAAAUCUCGAUAACACAACCGGUGUCAUGUUUGAGGGGAAAGUGCACUGUGGAGUACGUCAACGAUAUCAAGCAGGCCCGAACGGUGGCCGAUUUCAGUCGCGACAACGACACAUUUUUCUCGUGUCUGCAUUUCAACCAGGAUUCCAGCAAACUGUCGUCAAUCCAAUAUCAGAUUCGCGUUGGCGACGCGUUCCAGGCAACACUGCCCCCGGUCGCUGAAUGUAGUGUCGGUGACGAGAAGGACCGCGAUGAGCUCGUCUACCGACCCGGAUGUAUCGACGAACAAUCGGAAGCGGUUUAUAUCCGAUUGGCGCGUACAUAUCGCAACUACACACUUUCGAAUGUGUCGAUGUUGGAUUCGCAGAAGAACGCGAGGGUUAGCGACUUAUUGAUGGAUGAGGCGAUUUGUCAGUUGCAUCGAAGCGGCUACAAAAUCGACGACGCACUCAAUGAGAUGGCCGCCAAUGAUAUUCUUCUCGCCUCGGAUGUUGAUUAUAUGACCGCCGAUGAUGCAAAGAAAUUCGCGAAGGGCAUCAAGUCGCUUGGAAAGAAUUUUUCUCGAAUCCAUCGCGAACUUCUGCCACAUCAUAGCCGCGAGCAAUUGGUGGCUUAUUACUAUUUGUGGAAGAAGACUCCUGAGGCGACGAAACCCAAACAAACCACUCGGCGUGUCAAUCAAACGGUCAUCAAGCGGCCGAAAAACGAGAAGACGAAGGUCUCGCGGACAACGUCUACCGAAUAUCUCGAUUUUGAUUCGGCAUCGGAAAGCGAUGUUGAGAAUAACGGACCUUCGGGUAGAGCGUGCCAUCACUGCUUCGGAACCGAAAGCAAAGAUUGGCAUCACGCCAACAACCUUCUGUUGUGCACCACAUGCCGGGUGCAUUAUAAAAAGUACGGCCAAUUGCGAAGUGUCGAGAAACCGGCGACUGUUCCGGCGUGUCUGUUCAAACGAGCCAACUCGAACGACGAGGAGGAGAGCGGUGUUCGCACCAGGGCCGGAAAGAAGGAGAAUAAUCGAAAAAGAACACCGUCAUCGAUGAGUGAGACCCCCGACAGAACACGAUCGCCGGCGGUAAACGGAGCGAAUCAUGACGAAGGCUCGCCGUCGAAGCGUGUUAAUGGAAGCGCGAAGCGUAAUGGCAAACGGCCUCUGAAUCAGCAAAUGCAGCAGGCGUCGUGCUCGAAUGCGCCGUCGCCAUCGGUGUCGCCGCCGGCUAACACCAAUGGCAUUGUAAACGGUUCAUUGGAGAAUGGGCACGUGAAGAAUGGUGAAACGACACCGAAAAAACCAAAGAUGGAUAUCGAUUCGGACGAUGAUGAUUGCAAAAUGAUGAUUGAUGAAGGCGACGAUUCCAACGAUUCGAAGCCGACGACGAAUGGUGUCAAGAAGGAUGAGCCAGAAGCUGCGAAGCCGGUGAAUGGCGAGAUAAGCAAUGGUGUCAUUCAGACUGCUACCACAUCUGAGGGAGAGAGCUCAAAGAAGGAGGAUGAACAGAUUGAUGAUGAGGAUGAUGAAAAUGUGACGCCCGAUAAUGCGGAAGACACGUACACGAUUGGAAGCGAGGUGAUUUGCGACACCCAAAAUGCGAAUUUCGUUCGCGCAUUCGUGAGAAGCUGCGGACAGCGGUGUGCUCGCACAGAUCUCAUAUUCAAAUUCAAGGAAGGUAGUGUGUGGGACGUCAAGCGAAGAGAGAAGGAGAAGCGAAAAGCGGAUGCCGAGGCGGCUGCGGCGGCGAACGCGGCAAACGCUGCGCAUGCCGGACCACAAUUGCAUUCGCAGAUGCCCGGCGCUCCGCCGCAACUCAAAAAGGAGCAGAUGAGCGCACAAGUUCCACCGCAAUUAUUGCAUUCGCUUGCGAACGGAAUGAUUCCGAAUGGGCUCACACCGCAGAUCAUUGAGCAGAUUAACCGCCAGUUCAUGGUCCCAAUGGCCUCGCAGCCACAGCAGGCGUUCAAUAUGGUCGCCGGUGAUCCUCUUCAAGCAUUCUUCGCCGUUCUCCAGCAACAGCAGCAGCAUGAGCAGUUGGCGAUGUUGCAGCAACAACAGCAGCAACAGCCAAUUCCUCAUCCUAUCGACAUGCAACAGUUGAUGCUUGGCCAGAUGAUGAUGCUGCAGAAUCCGGCCCUCGCGGCUCAGAUGCAAGGCCAGAUUCCGGCGGUGCUUCCGCACGGAAUGGUGCCACCGUCGACACAGGCGGGCGCCUAUAUGAACUCUGAGAUGAUGCGCAGAUUGACGGCCGACGCUGCGAUACGUCCGCAGCACCAAUAG